AUGGCCGCCGCCAUGUUGCUGCUGCGCGCCCUCGGUCGGGGCCCCGGGCCGGGGCGCCUGCGGGCCCCCUGCUGGGGCGGGAGCCCGGGCCUCUCCGCCGGGGCCGGGAGGAGGCGGUGGCGCUUAGCCCACGGGCCUCCGCUGGGCCUCGCCGGGGGUGCAGGCCGAGCCCCACAGAGUCCGCAGAUGCGGCUGCUGACGCCUGUGCUUGAAGGGCUCCGCGGGCCAUUGUUGAAACCGCAUCUCAUCCAGCAUCCCCUCCGCUUCGGGAAGCUUUUAGGUGCCACCUACUAUUUCAAGACCUCAAGGAUGCAGCAGAAGACAAAGGACGGCGACAAACCCAAGGGGAGGGCGCCUGAGGACGACGAAGAGGGGAGGCGGCGCAAGGAGCGGGAGGACCAGAUGUACCGCGAGCGGCUGCGCACCCUGCUGGUGGUCGCCGUGGUCAUGAGCCUGCUCAAUGCGCUCAGCUCCGGCGGCGGCAGCAUCUCCUGGAACGACUUCGUGCACGAGAUGCUGGCCAAGGGCGAGGUGCAGCGGGUGCAGGUGGUGCCCGAGAGCGACGUGGUGGAGGUCUACCUGCACCCCGGAGCCGUGGUGUUCGGGCGGCCCCGACUGGCUCUGAUGUACCGGAUGCAGGUCGCGAACAUCGACAAAUUUGAAGAAAAGCUGCGCGCAGCCGAGGACGAGCUGAACAUCGAGGGCAGGGACCGGAUCCCCGUGUCCUACAAGCGCACGGGCUUCUUUGGAAAUGCUCUCUACGCCUUGGGGAUGACGGCCGUGGGCCUGGCCGUGCUGUGGUAUGUCUUCCGUCUGACAGGGAUGACGGGACGGGAAGGAGCGUUUGGCGCUUUCAACCAGCUUAAAAUGGCUCGCUUCACAAUUGUGGACGGCAGGACGGGGAAAGGAGUCAGCUUCAAGGAUGUGGCGGGGAUGCACGAGGCCAAACUCGAGGUCAAGGAGUUUGUGGAUUACCUGAAGAGCCCAGAGCGCUUCCUCCAGCUGGGCGCCAAGGUCCCGAAGGGCGCGCUGCUGCUCGGCCCUCCUGGCUGCGGGAAGACGCUGCUGGCCAAGGCGGUGGCCACAGAGGCCCAGGUGCCCUUCCUGGCGAUGGCCGGCCCGGAGUUCGUGGAGGUCAUUGGAGGCCUCGGCGCCGCCCGUGUGCGGAGCCUCUUCAAGGAAGCCCGGGCGCGGGCUCCCUGCAUCGUGUACAUCGACGAGAUCGACGCGGUGGGCAAGAAGCGCUCCACCACCAUGUCUGGCUUCUCCAACACCGAGGAGGAGCAGACCCUGAACCAGCUGCUGGUGGAGAUGGACGGAAUGGGCACCACCGACCACGUCAUUGUCCUGGCGUCCACCAACCGCGCCGACAUUUUGGACAACGCUCUGCUGAGGCCCGGCCGACUGGACCGGCACGUCUUCAUCGACCUCCCGACGCUGCAGGAGCGGCGGGAAAUCUUCGAGCAGCACCUGAAGAGCCUGAAGCUGACGCGGCCCAGCAGCUUCUACUCACAGCGCCUGGCGGAGCUGACCCCCGGCUUCAGCGGCGCCGACAUUGCCAACAUCUGCAACGAGGCAGCCUUGCACGCAGCCCGCGAGGGACACACGUCCGUGCACACAUCCAGCUUCGAGCACGCGGUGGAGCGCGUCAUCGCUGGCACUGCCAAGAAGAGCAAGAUCCUCUCGAAGGAAGAGCAGAGGGUGGUGGCCUUCCAUGAGUCGGGCCACGCCCUGGUGGGCUGGCUGCUGGAGCACACGGAGGCCGUGAUGAAGGUCUCCAUCGCGCCGCGCACCAACGCCGCACUGGGCUUCGCGCAGAUACUGCCGAGAGACCAGCGCCUCCUCAGCAGGGAACAGCUCUUCCAGCGCAUGUGCAUGGCCCUGGGUGGCCGUGCCGCUGAGGCCAUCUCCUUCAAUGAGGUCACCUCUGGGGCACAGGACGACCUGAGGAAGGUCACCCGCAUCGCCUACUCCAUGGUGAAGCAGCACGGCAUGGCACCCCGCAUCGGGCCUGUCUCCUUCCCUGAUGCCCAGGAGGGCCUCCCAGGCAUCGGACGGCGCCCCUUCAGCCAGGGCCUGCAGCAGAUGAUGGACCACGAGGCGCGGCUGCUGGUGGCGAAGGCGUACAGGCACACGGAACAGGUGCUGCGGGACAACCUGGACAAGCUCCAGGCGCUGGCACACGCCCUGCUGGAGAAAGAAGUGAUAAACUACGAGGACAUUGAGGCCCUCAUUGGACCUCCACCGCACGGGCCCAAGAAGAUGAUCACGCCACAGAGGUGGAGUGAUGCAGAGCCAGACGCUGGGGAGGAGGAGCCGGCGCCUCCGCAGCCACGCCUCAGAGAGGAGCCAUCCUGACCGAGCAGCUGAUCUCCUGGACUGCACCAUGGGGACAUGGUACCAUCUGGCCCGGGGGCUGUUCUGGCGUCUUCAUCGGAGAUGGACGCCUCUGCGCAGUCCUCACCAGUCCUGCUGCAAGGCUUCCGGGAGCCUGUCCUCACUCCUGCCUCGGGACUCACAGUCUUUGGGAGUUGGGCUCCCAAAAGGUGCCCCACAGGAAGCUGCCAGGCUCGUCCCAGGUUCUCUGCUCCUGGUGUAUGGGUGCCGGGGGGGCUUGUGCUGCAGCCUGAGUGGCCUGAUAGCUUCAGGAUGACGGGGCCCUUGGGCCACCAGCCCUGGCCUGCUGUUCACGAGGGGACAGCCCAGGGCUGGGGACCAGACCCAGCUGCCACUGGCCUGCUGAGCUGUUUGCACGCCUGGUUUUUUUUUUCCCUGCCAGAGAUCUGUUUGCACUUUGUAAUAAAUGCUGUGACUGGAACAUCUCCCUUUGUGCUGUGUGAACCCCUCCUCCCAGAGCAGGUUGACCCGAGGUGCCCCACCCUGGCAUGACUCCACACGGGUGAUACUCCCUGCCUUGUUACUUGCUGCUGCCCUCCCUCUGCAGUGGCAUUUGGUUGACUGGGUUUGUCUCUUCCACACUCAGCCCGGAGGAACCGCCAGCACCCCUCACACCUGCAACAGGGUGGCUUUGAGAGGAGUGGGGGUUGGUGAGGACAGCUCCUCCUGCUUCAUGGAAGUGAGACAGGGCAAGCUAGGGUUAUUAGGCAGUUUUAGGGACAGUGCAGGAGGGGACCUCUGAAAAAUUUAGGGAGGCUUCAGAGAUAAGGACGAGCAAGGGAAAGUAACCCAUUCCGUUAGGAAAAACAAACAUGCCAGGACCAAGGACAGCAUUGUUAACGCUGGUCCCGGUUUCCUUCGGGUGGGAAAGGGAGGCGGAGAUUGGAGACAUGGAGCGUGGUUUCAUUUAUGGUCCCAUUAGAAGGGCAGCUGUUUAGCUUCAAUGCAGGGAGGCCCAUCCAGAGGACUGGGCCAUAAAUUUAAAGAUGCAACAAAUGGGGAAAGAGAAAGCUGUUAGAUAAGGAACGUGAAGAUCCCCACUCAGUAGCAAAUUAAGUGAGACAGCCGAGAACUGGCCACUCACAGAGAGACGGGGGCAGCUUUAGAAUAAUGAGGGGAAAAGGUCCAUGUUCCCUGAGACACGACUCCACUUUGGC